AUGGCCCCAUCGGCCGCCAUCGACAUUCCAAUUGUUCACCAAGACACACAAGACCAGAUCGAAGUUGACUCCUCGUUCAACUCAGUCGUCGACGACGUCUUCAGUCCUCUUGAUUCACUGUCAACAUCGGUCAGUAGCAUUUCUAUUGCGGACAACUACUUCGAGGAGCAGUCGCGAGGCGCGGCAGAUCUCAGAGUCAAGGAGCUCGACCUUGAACUUGAGGCAGAGAAGUACUUGCAAGCUGUCGAGGAGGAUCCUCUCCUAGCCGACUGCACUCAAGAUGCUGUCACUUUUGGUCAAGGGCCCGAUGCCUGGCUCUACCAUCCAAAGUCGGGUGUCUUCGACUUGACCCGCCGAUCAAACGAGAAAGUCCACUUCCCGUCGCAUACCGACAACAUGACUGGCCUGCUCGUCGAUCCGAAUCGCACUAUACUCGUUAUUGUCGACAUGCAGAAUUUCUUCAUCAACCCGGACUGCUAUCCCCACAAAGCCGGAUUAGGAGCAGUCAACCCGCUCUUGAGAGUGAUGGAAAAGUGUCGCAACCUGGGAAUCGAGGUGUCCUUCCUGAAUUGGGUCAUUGAUGAACAAGAUAUGAUCGCGAUGCCCCCUGCUGUGCAGCGCGGCUGGAGUUCCGAUCGUCUUCUGUCGCAUGGAGUCGGCUGGAACGUCAACCUCGGGUCUGAACUGCCUAACGGCCAAGGCAGAUGCCUUUGGAAAGGCUCCUGGAACGCAGAACUAUACAGUCCAAUCAAAGAUGCGGCCAGAACCGACGAUGCUGUGUUCUUCAAGAACCGUCCCAGCGGGAUGUGGAGCCGGGACUGCGACAUGGCCAGGUAUCUCAGUGAGAACAAUCUCAAGACAGUCAUGUUCGCCGGAGUCAACACAGAUCAGUGUGUGCUUGGUACGCUCACCGACUGCUACAGCAAGAGCUAUGAUUGCAUCAUGAUCCGUGACUGCGUGGGCACUGCCACCACUGGUUUGAUGGCUCAGGAACUAGUGGAGUAUAACGUGGAGCGAAACUAUGGUUUCGUUCUGGAUAGCGGAUGUGUCCUUCAGGCUCGUGUUCUAUGCACUUAG